GUCCGCGCCCAGACGCUUACGGCUAUCAACAUCUUCACGCGCAGGAAAUCCCGGGCCAUGCUCAAAUCCAUCGACGACCUCUUACAGCAUCUCUUCUUCCUCGCAGAGGACCCUGUGGCCGACGUCCGGCGCCAAGUCUGCCGUGCUUUCGUCCGCCUCGUCGAGACGAGGCCAGACAAGCUCCUGCCCCACCUCAGCGGUCUCGUCGAAUACAUUAUUUCACAGCAAAAGAGCGAUGACGAGGACCUUGCUUGCGAAGCCGCCUUCUGA